AUGAACUAUUUCUUGAAUGCUGAUGUUUCCUUCAAUGAAGGGCUAGGCGUUGGAACCGAUUCGGCUAGAGCUCGCAUCCUCAGACUGUUCUGCAUUGUCGUCUUCCAGAAAGGACGUGACAAUGCGCAUCGGCUUGGUGGUGCUCGCGGUGACACUCGCUAGUUUUUGCAUUCCACGACUCCGUGCCUCUUGUCUCUUCGCCUAACAUACCUAAAGCACGUGUUGACUGCAGCACGUCAUGUCAUUGCUUGUCCCCACUUCUCACCAAUCACAGCUUCAUCAAGCACGACUCGUUCAGGCAGUCCCAACACCACACCUCUGGUGUCUGCUACCCAGCACCGCAUUUCUUACGCACUUAUUCACUUUGCCAUGGACAAACUGACUUUCACGGUGGUGUGGCAAAAUCACAAUGGCACAAACUUGGCUGCAUCUGGAUGUGGGGGGAAGAACGAAGUAGACGAAGUGCCACCCAGUUCCAUUGUGAUCAGGUUUAAUGAGGUCGCCGUCGACUGUGCAGUGAUUUGGCAGUACAGUGGCACUUUGAUGCAAGUUUACGCCCCCGUCUCAAACAAAGAAGCAGCUAUACGAAUCCUCAAGGAAGCAGCUAAGAGGCAUAGACGUCGUGCAGGCGUAAUGCAAGAUGGAUUUGAGGGCAGCGCCAUACUGGCUUCGCCCUCGAACCCGUGCCGAGUUCAAAAGGCUCUGUUAGCUGCCUUCACAGUCGCCUUCCUACUUAUUGCCCUUCCUUUGCUACGUCUGAUGCUCAUGCUGGCUGCUAGUGUGUGA